AGAUUUUGUAUUAGAAGUCUUUGUAUUUUUACAGGUUGCAUGCUGCAUAUAAAAUACUUGGCAUAUAUCUGUGUUCUGGAGGUAGCACUUUUCUUCGAUAGUGAACUACGCCAAAAGUAGUUUUAACAUUAUUGUGGGGCAAUCUACAAUUUCCUCUGAACGUGUGCCAAUCCAUCUGAUUUAUAAUUUGGAUGCAGUGUAUGAGAUCAGAUAGUGGUUCAAAUGAGCUUUACUUACAGAAAUUUGAUUGUUUAAGUGAAUCAAGAAUGAUUGUAAUUUGUGUUUUUCCCCUGAACGUCAUCCACAGAUGGCUACUAAUUGGUUCUUACUUUUAUUAGCACAUCAAGAGUGGAACUCAUACAGUUUAUCCCCCCCUCCAAAAAAAAGGAGAUGAAGUGUCUUGGCAUAUUUAUUCCAUGCCAAUUUGAGAACAAAGGAGAUUUUUGAGAAACUUAGCAUUUUUAUGUUGGUCCUAACUCUCAAAAUUGUGGGAGGUGCCUACAAAACCAGGAAAGGAGCUUGAGUCAUUUGCCUGGGAAUUCACUCAAAAUGAGGGGUUAUCAUAUUGGAUUUGUAUAGAAAGUGUGAUGAUUAUCCAUGCUCCAGAAUGAAUUUUCACAUGCAGAAUUCUUCUCGAAGGGAGGGAAGACACGCACAGUUUGCUGGAUGUCUUUGUUUUGCUUCAUGAUAAUCUUAUCAGAUGUGACCUAUAUCUUACUAAAAAAAGUUACAUGUAACCUUUAUAUUUCGUUUCAAUUUAGAGGUUUUUCAUACUUUGAUACACAAAGUGAAGUGAUUUAAUCCACCAAAUUCUUAUGAUGGAUGACUUUCUUGAUCAAUUCUUGUCAUCUUCAUCAUGGUCAGACUUGAGUUCAACAACUAGAUCAUCCUGGAAUGGUGCUGCAGGCCAGACAAAUGGCCUACUUGCUGACCCUGUGGGCUUGUAUGUAGAUGGCCCAAAAAACCCAACCACAACAGUGGUUAACCCAAGCCUUAUAAUUGAGAAUCUAGGCAAUCAAAGACAUGCUCAUGAAGGUACUACUGAAAAUCCAAACUAUGGUCUCAAUAAGGGGCUGUUUCCCGUGCAAAACCAACCAACUAGAGAAGCUCAAGAUCUUGGUUCAGCUCAAUCUGAACACAAUAAAGAGGCUUCUGACAGAACUUUUCCUUUGCAGCAGGCUCUUGAGAGUAAUGCAACAAGUGGGUCCUUAGGCCACCAACUCAAUGCAUCUGGGUCGGUUACUCCAACUUGUAGUUCAGCCCAAUAUCUUCCUGGAGUCGGAGGUUCAAAUGGAGUUGUUGGUGGGUUGAUUGAACAUGGUUCAGGUGGAACUAAGGGGAAUGAGACUGUUGGGUUUCAACAGUCCAUUGGAGAUUCACUUCCCAUAAAUUCAGCUGGCGCACUUUUGCGCCCAUCAUAUGGUGGUGUUCCUCUGGCUCCAAUUAUGGGGCAGGGGAAACUGGAAGGAUUUGGAUUGCGCAAUGAUUAUAUGGAAGGUGAUGCCAAUCUUUUGGGUAAGGGAUAUCUGGGGGUUGAUAAACUGCCACUUCUGGAGAACAUACCUGCUACGUCUGUAAAUGAGCAAGAUGAACCUUGCAACUCUCAUUUGCCUUCUUUUGCCACUGGACCACAAAUAAUAUCACCUAGAACUGGUGGGUUGCCAACUCAUCAGCAGUUGCUGAAAUCUAAUGAUCCAAAUUCUCGGAAGCAUGGUGGAAACCAAUCCAUUUCUCAGUUACAUCCGGUGGCUGCUACUGGGGGUGGCUGUAAUGGAGGUGUUAGGCCACGUGUUAGAGCACGUCGAGGCCAGGCCACUGAUCCACACAGUAUUGCCGAGCGGCUUCGGAGAGAAAAAAUUGCUGAAAGGAUGAAGAAUUUGCAAGAGCUUGUUCCAAACUCCAAUAAGACAGAUAAGGCAUCAAUGCUUGAUGAGAUUAUUGAUUAUGUGAAAUUCCUUCAAUUGCAAGUCAAGGUUUUAAGCAUGAGCAGGCUUGGUGCAGCUGGAGCUGUUGUUCCCCUUAUAACAGAAACUGAGGGCUCGAGCAAUCUCUUGUUGUCGACAUCAGCUGGGCAGGCCCCAGAUCUCUCCGAGUCUCAGGAUAACAUCGCAUUUGAGCAAGAAGUCAUGAAGCUCAUGGAGUGCAACAUGACCUCAGCCAUGCAAUAUUUGCAGAACAAAGGCCUCUGUCUAAUGCCUAUUGCUUUGGCUUCUGCCAUCUCAAACUCAGGUAAACAGUCACCUGAAAACAAAUAUUCCAUGGCUGGAAUCCAGCCGCUCUCUCCUGGAAGUGAUAAUCUGAUAGUUGAGAACAUACUAGAGAGAGAAAGGAAGGAGCUUCCAAAUGGGGCUGUGAUCAAGCAACAAGAGAAGCAGAAGCCUCUUCAGCGUAUAUAACCAACCCAGAUGUGAUAGUUUCUAUUUAUUGUUUCCUCUUUAGAUUUGUCUUCUGUAGAGAGAGAGAGAGAGAGAGAGAGAGAGCUUUUGAGUCGUCGUAUGCAGAGAGAUGGUCAUAGGCUGUGAUCAAGCAAGAGGAAAUUUGAUGCUUCUUCAUGGUGCAUAACCAACCCAAAGCUGUUGAAGUGUCUAUUUAUUGUUUCUCUAUUUAUGUGCCUUGUGUAGAGAGAGAGGUUGAGUCUUGGUAGGAACACAGAUGGGUCAUGCUUUGAGUUAAUCAAGUUGUUUAGAGUUUUGAGUUUAUUAUGUCGAGAAGGUAUUUAUGGGUGUAUUUGAUUCCUUUAAAGUAAAUUAUAAAUAAAUGAGAAUUGUACCCAAAAACUGAGAAGGUGCAAGUACAGGAAGUAUUUGAAAAUUAGAAGAAAUUAUGGUGAUUUUGGAUAA